GUGGACGUGUUCUCGUCUGUCCUCAGUGUAAAAAUGUUUUAACGUUUAAUAUACGCAAGAUACCUAACGUAAUUACCAUCAGUGAAAAGCCAAGUGAAAGACCUAAAAAACUGUGCUUGAACAUUACGUUAAAGUGCGUAGAAUUGGGAUUUGUGAGGCAAAAUACAAAGUGUUUUUGUGCUGUAUAACGAUACUGUGCGUUUUAUUGUUGAACUUGUCGGGUAGAUCGUUAAUUAUUGGACUCGCACAGCGCUUUGUGCGGUUCACUGACCGUUUGACGUUCUAUGCGUAUCCUAGUGACUAUUUUCGUCAGCCAGUUACGGCGUAGCGUAGCGUCGUGGUACGAACACGGGACUUAAACGGCGCGGUGCGCAGCUCAGAGUGCGUGUGGGUUCAAAUCACACGUGAACUAAAUUUUUUGUAUUUUUUUUUUUAUUAUUAUUUAUUUUAAUCACACAAAAUAUACACAAUGUCGACCAGGAAAGUUAUCUGUGGUGGUUGUCGGCGAAAUGUGGAGGACGGGAAAUAUCUGAGGUGUCUUGGCUGCAGCGAGAUGUAUGACCUGCCUUGCGCCGGUUUUACUGAUAAAACCUUCAAAAAAAUAUCUUCAAACAAGAAGGAUAAUAUUAUGGAGACAUGGAGAUGCGUUGCCUGUACAAGUAAACAACCUAAGAAAGACAAUACUAAUACUCCCGUACGCGGUUUAAGCGAUGGCAUCACACUGCACCGAGGGGGCGCUGCGAGGGGCCCCAUAAACCUAGACGUCUCUGAGUCCGAUAAUCUGAAUAACACCGCACUCAAUCAGACCAUGGAAAUGUCGGACCCAGACAGAAUCCUGUUGGAGCUGCGGGCUUUCAGAGACGAAAUGCGAGAGGAGAUACGGGCUAAUCGAACUCAAAUUGAACGGUUGACGGAUAAAAUGUCAGUGCUGAGCGACAGAGUUUCCGAGUGCGAAGCUCGUAUUGAGCGGUUGCAGAACCGCAUGGACACGUUGGAACAUAGCAACGAUAAGAGCUCACAGUCUGACAAUUCGGCGCUGGCAUCCAUCGAACAAUUGAGGGCGGAACUUAAUGAUCGCGACCAGGAUUUAUUAAUAAACGACGUAGAAAUCUCAUGCAUACCCGAGGAGAAAGGAGAAAGUCUGCCACACAUCGUAACAACUUUAGCCAGCAAACUUGGCGUCAGUAUAGCCCAGCAGGACUUGGUCAGCGUUGAGCGCGUCGGCCGAGUGCAGGAGUUGGUGGCGGGCGCCGCGGCGUCCCGCCCGCGACACAUCGUCGUGCGGCUGGCGCGCCGAGCCGUGCGCGACCAGCUGCUGCAGGCUGCGCGAGUGCGCCGCGGCGCUACUACCGAGGGCACGGGGCUACCGGAACCAUCACGUCGGUUUUAUAUCAACGAGAGGCUCACCAAAGUUAACAGACAGCUCUUCCGGCGUGCGCGUGAACUGGGUGGUCGUUUGGGUUGGCGUUUUGUAUGGACGAGGGAGGGUCGUAUAUACGCCCGCCGGCAUCACGAUAGGGACAGUCCCCGUCUUCGCGUGCGUACGGAAUCUGAUCUUGCUCGGGUUUUUGGUCCUGACGCUGUUAGCCCAAUUGCUGUUUAAAUUUUACUGUAUAGAAUCUCAGACACCAAGCAUGUAUGACGAAAUAGGGACAGUGUUGCCAUUUAAUAUCACUGUAGCAACUAUUAUUAUUGUCAACACGAACACGCAACCUUACUGCGGGCUAACAUGUAUGUGCGGUGUUUUAAAAAAAUUUAAAUACUUAUUUAUUGUUUUCCUGUUAUUUUCAUUGUUUAUAAUUGUUUUGAGGUGGUUUUUUGUGCAUUUUUUAUUUGCUAGAAUCGUAUCAUACCUCUGUAUUGUUCACAUUUUUUAUUUGAACAACAUUAAAAAUUACCGCAUGCGCUUUACUUCUAAUGCUACUGCUAGUAUAAAUCUUUAUCAAAUGUUAGUGUCAACUGUUAUUUUAAGAUUAAAUAGUAAUUAUUGUGAUUACAAUACCACGAAAAUCGCUUAUUCCAAAUGUGUAGUCCAUGAGUGUGUCGCGGCGAUGAAUCAUGUAACUUUUAGGAAAUUAUCAAAUUUUACUUCUAGGUUUAUUAUUUUUAUUAUACACUUUAUUUUGA